UUCACGCGAGACGCACGCGGCCCACGAUCGUGCCACUAAAAAUAAUAAAAUGAAUAAAAGCCAGUGAAUGUAACAUAAUUUUGACAGUGGUUCCACUCGAUUUGGGGUUUAGCAUCGAAAUCGGCGGUCCUCCGAUGCUGUCCGGCUGAAACAGAUUCGUUUCAACAUUGUUUUCGCGUCCUCAAACAACGAAUCUUCACCAAAAGUCCAUAUAAAGUAGAAUAUAAUUCAAAAAUAAUGUGCGACGCGGCAGUACGUGUGUCUGCUCCCGUAGCGCGUUCGGUAACCUUCGGCAGUUUCCGUCAAAGCUGUCAAUGAGACAGCGCUAUGGCGGAGAAAGUCAGCUGAUCGGAAAGUCGCCCGCGCCGGCCUCGCAGCAAGAGGCGAAUUAAGCGCAUCAUGCAGGUGUUUGGCGAAUGGGCUCAGGUGGAGGUGGUGGAGCUGGUAAACGAUGGGUCGGGGCUGGCGUUCGGCAUCGUGGGCGGCCGCUCCUCCGGCGUGGUCGUCAAGAGUGUGCUGCCCGGCGGAGUCGCUGACAGGGACGGUAGACUCCGCAGCGGCGACAUGCUCCUGCGCAUCGGCGCGGUGUCAGUGGUGGGGAUGUGCGCGCGGCAGGCGGCGGCGGUGCUGCGGCAGUGCGGCGCAUGCGUGAGAUUGCUUGUUGCGAGGCCGGCCGCGGCCAGUGGCGUGCCCAUACCUGAUACACGGCAGAAUAUACAGCCUCUAGGUGCUCCACCAGCGCCAGUAGUACCGUCCCGCCUGCUAGCAGACCCGAUAGAGCUGGAGCGGCGGCUGUCGGAGGCAGGCCACGAUGGGUUCGGAGCACUCUGUGAGGAUACAUCACCACCUUCUCCGCCUCCCACCAUCAUUGAGGAGCGGCUGCAUCAUCGGCCGGUGGCGUCAAUAGUAGCGGUGGUGCCACGUGGCGCGCUGGCUCCGUCUCCCCGACCUCCCGCCAUCGUGCAGCCACCGCCGCAGCCACAACCACCACCUCUCAGGUUGCCCCUGGACAUGGCAGUGCGCGGCACGGGCGAGCCGGAGACGCUCAGCUACGACGUCGAGCUGAACAAGGACUCCGCGCUAGGACUCGGCAUCACCGUCGCUGGAUAUGUGUGCGAACAAGAGGAGCUGAGCGGUAUCUUCGUAAAGAGUAUCAGUGAGGGCAGCUCAGCAGAUCUGUGCGGGAAGAUACAGGUCAACGACAGGAUUGUGGAGGUGAGUAUUAGAGUUACCUAA